UUUUCUUUUGCGCUCAUCUAAGUGACCCGCGGUUUUGUACAACUUCAUCCACUACAAUGGCAUCCAAGAGGCAACGGCAUGACUCUACGGAUACCUACACAACUCCUGACACACCAGAUGCCGCUAUGGCCGUUGUACGCCGUCUCGUUAAACAGUUCGAUCUUGAUGUUCCAUUGAAAGACGACGACUCAAAACAUGGUGUGGGAAUUGAAGUCACAUAUGAUGAGGCCGCUCCUCGCGUCGGACUUCAACCUUGGGAUAAGUUGGACGACAUCGGAACCUUUGAAAUCCACCGCUGUCAUAUUCCCACAAAUCUUUUCAAGUCGAUUGUGAUGGACAUGGAUGUCAUGUUAAUGCAAUAUGGCCACCCUUCUACUCAUCGGACAGAAGAGGCGAGAUCGAGGUUUUUCUCUCCAGUCCUCAACCACCUCGUUAAACAGUUCACUUUCAUACUGAGGAAUACCCCAGAGACUAUACUCGCUGGUCACAUUGGUACACAGGGUCUCAUCAAGCACGUCUUCAAAACUUUCGGUGCUGUUGUGGUCCUUUUCAUUGAGAUGAAGCUCCUUGUGGGAAAUGACCCGAAACGUUUGGAGGCUAUUGCUCAGGUUAUAACUGAAUGUGAUGGCAGCAACCGCUUUCAUCAUUUUUCUCUACCUAUCCACUGCAUUUUCUCCGAUGGCUGGUCCUUUGAAUUUUUCAGGUUUGAAAGGAUGCCAAAUCCAACAUUUCUACGUGGCUGUUUUCAAGGAGAUCCACCAGACCUCCGGCAUGGUAUGCGGCUACCUGACAUUGAAACUUCACUUCCUUUCAUUCUCCAGCUUCGCUGUGUAUGUGAGACAAUCUUUGAUGUCAUGCUGAGUGCAUAUAUUGCAGGCUUGAAAGCAUAUUACAAUCGAGAGGAAGACAUGGGGAAGGAGGGUUUGAAGAGACUGAGUUUUGGUGGAUGGGAUCGGGCCCUUCAGUUGGCAGAACAUGCACAGGAAGCAUUUAGGGAGGCUGAGGUUCAAUGCAAGGAGGGUAAUAUUGUGUCUGCAAAUGUGACCAUUGAUGCAGCUCUUCUUGCACUACAGGAGAGUACAGGAGCAUUGCCAACUAGGUACAAGUCAAAACUCAUCAUGAUGGACUGGGAUGAUGCUGAGAUUGACAGUGCAUGAAACCACCCUGCAUUGUUUUCAUGGAUGGACCACUGCAGUUUGGCAGUUGAGUGGGAUUUUCAAAUUCCCAGUAGCUAAUCAAUGUAAGGAAGGGAUGGUGGUUAUGUUUAUUCCUUGUUAUUCCUUG